AUGACGGAGCCUAACGGCAGUCCGAGCUUGACAGAGCAGGUCAAGGACAAAGUUGCCGAAGCACUACCAACAAGAUCCAAGAAAUCCGAGAAGAAAGAUAAAAAGGCGGCAGAAAAGGCAGCUAAGAAGGAGCAAUAUGCCAAGGAAGGAAAGGCUACAACGCCCAAACAGCCUGUGAAGCCCGUCAACGAUGAACCAGCCGUGGUGAGGGACCCUGAUGCUAUGUUCAAGGAGGGUUGGCUGGACGAGGUCAGGAAAGAGCGGCCUUCACCAGAUGUCUAUACCCGUUUUCCUCCUGAGCCAAAUGGCUACCUUCACAUUGGCCACAGCAAAGCGAUCGCUAUCAACUUCGGGUUCGCCCGUUAUCACGGUGGCAAGUGUUACCUAAGAUUCGAUGACACCAAUCCUGAAGCUGAGGAGGAAAAGUUCUUCACUGCCAUUGAAGACAUUAUCAGAUGGUUAGGGUUCAAGCCGUACAAGAUCACAUAUUCUAGUGACAAUUUCGACAAACUCUACGAUCUGGCCGAGAAGCUGAUCCUCAAAGAUGGGGCUUAUAUGUGUUACUGCAAUGAUGAACAGAUUAAAGAUCAGAGAGGCGGGACCGAUGAGAAGAACAAACAUCCUCGAUAUGCUUGCGAGCAUCGGAGCCGCCCAGUUGAGGAGUCUCUUGCAGAAUUUAGAGCGAUGAAAGACGGCAAAUACAAGCCUAGAGAGGCGUUCCUCAGAAUGAAGCAGGACGACUUUCAGAACGGUAACCCUCAAAUGUGGGAUCUAGCGGCAUACCGCAUCAUUGAACAACCUCACCAUCGAACAGGUAGCAAAUGGCGGAUAUACCCAACUUACGAUUUCACACACUGUCUAUGUGAUAGCUUCGAGGGCAUCACGCAUUCACUUUGUACUGUCGAGUUCAUCAAUUCCCGAGAAUCAUAUGAGUGGCUGUGCGAUACUGUCGAGGUCUAUAAGCCUAUGCAGAGGGAGUAUGGACGUCUCAACUUGACCGGCACGAUCAUGUCCAAGAGGAAAAUUGCACGACUCGUAAAAGAGAGUAAGGUGUUUGACUGGGACGACCCUCGAUUAUAUACCUUGGUUGCGCUCCGCCGACGUGGUGUACCUCCUGGUGCGAUAUUGUCCUUCGUCAAUGAGCUGGGUGUCACGACUGCGAGAUCGAAUAUCCAAACUGUGAGGUUCGAGAGCUCGGUUCGAAAAUAUCUUGAGAUGACAGUCCCUCGUCUAAUGUUGAUCAUCGACCCAAUCAAGAUCAUCAUCGACAACUUACCGGACGAUUACGAAGAAGAGGUUGAGAAUGGAUUUGGUCCUAAGAGCGUGGACAUGGGAACAGUGUAUAUCGAGAGGGACGACUUCCGAGAAAAUGCAAGCAGCGACUUCUUCAGACUCGCUCCUGGUACCGCGGUCGGCCUGCUCAAAGUGACCUAUCCGAUCACAUGCACAAGCUUCAAGAAGGACGAUGCUACUGGAUUAGUGUCAGAGAUUCACGCCACAUAUGACAGACCAGCUGAAGGCGAGACAUUCAAGAAACCGAAGGCGUAUAUUCAUUGGGUAGCUGAAUCUCCCAAACACUCUUCGCCUGUGAAGGUCGAGGCUCGGGUCUUUAACUCGUUGUUCAAAUCAGACAACCCGGAAGCUGUUGAGCCAGACUUCAUGGCAGACAUACGAGAAGACAGCCUGGUGACGUACCCAAAUGCACUAGCAGAAGUUGGCCUGAAUGAGAUUCAGCGUCGAGCACCGUGGCCCGAAGAAGCCGGUGAAGCCAAUAGGGAGGUCAAGCCAGGACCCGAAUCAGUCCGAUUUCAGGCAAUGCGGGUCGGUUACUUCUGCAUGGACAAAGAGUCGACAACGGAAAGACCAGUUCUCAAUCGCAUAGUAGGCUUGAAAGAAGACGCUGCGAAGAAUGCUUGA